UGUCACGUGACGGGUACGUCAUUGCAUGCACCCACAGUUUCGGCAUCUAGAAGGCUGAAUCCUCAGACACAGUUGUGCUUUCAACAGCUGUUUUCAUUGCUUGUCCAGUACAAGACAGGCCGCAUGGAAGGAAAAAACGUUCAGCAUCUGCUAAAUGGCUCAUGUUCAUCGAGCACCAGGGACAAUGAUGAUGCAGAAUAUGAUGUCUGUGAUGAAGAUCUGAAAGAUGAAUAUUGCGACCCAGAAAAUCCUUUGUGUUUACACUUUUAUGAGAUAAGCACAGCUGCUUACAAAAUCCGCGAUGGUAUUCAGCAAACACCAUGUACGAAGUCACAGAUGUCUCAAAGUCUUGGCAUGGAACUGUAUUUUAAAAAAGAAUUUCUACAGUUCACUGGGAGUUUCAAGGAGAGAGGAGCACGGUUCACUCUCUUGCAACUUAGCCCAGAACAGCAAGAAGCAGGUGUAGUGGCUGCCAGCGCUGGCAAUCAUGCACUAGCCCUGUCUUAUCAUGGACACUCCCUUGGAAUUCCUGUAACAGUGGUCAUGCCUAUAGUGGCUCCAAUAAUGAAGCUAUCAGCCUGUCGUCAGUUUGGAGCAAAUGUCAUUGUCAAAGGGGAUGAUAUUGGAGAGUCCAAGAAGUAUGCAAUGUGUCUUGCUAAGAAGAAAGGCCUUGUAUAUAUCAACGGGUAUGAUCAUCCUCACAUCCUAGCAGGCCAGGGAACCAUAGGACUGGAGAUCCUGUCACAAGUACCUGACAUUGAUGCUUGCAUUGUGCCUGUAGGGGGAGGGGGGCUUAUUGCUGGGAUAGCCGUAGCAAUAAAGACCCUAAACCCUAAUGUCAAAAUCAUUGGGGUGGAAUCUGAGAGAUGUGCCAGUUUCUCUGCAGCGCUUAAGGCAGGAAAGCCUGUUUACACUAAAAGCUGUUCCACCUUAGCUGAUGGUCUGGCAGUACCAACAAUAGGUGUUAAUGCAUUCCACACUUCAAAAACACUUAUAGACAAAAUGCUUAUUGUCAAAGAGGCAUUCAUUGCAUUGGCUAUCCUGCGACUCAUAGAACAAGAAAAAGCAGUGGUGGAAGGGGCUGGUGCUGCAGGGUUAGCAGCUAUCAUCCAGGGAUUGGUGCCAGAACUGAAAGGCAAAAAGGUGGUGGCUCUGCUUUGUGGUGGAAACAUUGACACCACUGCUUUAGGCAGGGUCUUGGAAAGAGGACUUGCAACUGAGGGCAGGCUUGUCCGAUUUGUGGUCACUGUGAGCGACCGCCCAGGUGGGAUUGCAGAACUGACAAAAAUCAUUGCAGACCUUGGUGUCAGCAUUAAAGACAUCCUCCAUGAACGUGCAUGGCUAAAGUCUGAUGUCUUCUCUGUUCAGGUGAAAUGUGUAGUUGAAACCACAGACAUUGAGCACAGCAGGCGGCUGGAGAAGCGCUUACGUGAGAUCUACACUCAUGUCAUAUGGGGGCCAGAACACUGUGGUGUCAUUGAUGUAGAGUGAUGUGAAAUGGCACCAUUAGCAAGCACAGAAAUAAUGACAUUAAGACAUUAUCAGUAUGUAUUUGUACAAGCUAUACAAGUAUAUGACAUGAAUUUCUAAAUUUAGUGAGAUCAUGAAGGGCUAAAAAAAAAAAACCCUCACGAAAAUGUUUAAAUGUCUAUGAAUGAGCCCCUCUGCGUGUGUGCAUGGAUAUGUGUGUGUGUGGUUAUAUACAUCAAGUGAUGUGCAAGCACACAUAGAGUUUUUUUACUUUAAUAUUUGGUCUUCCCUCUCGUCUCCACCUUAAGUAUUUUUGUUGGUGCAUAAUUACUAUCACAUUUUUGUAAUGGGCUUAUUCAAAAGAAAGUAAAAUAAUCCUAGGGAGAAUAAAAUAAAACUUUCAGAAUUCAAAUUUGAAUAAUAUAUACAUCAUGAAAGUUCAUUGCGCCUUUUAGUUUAAAACUAUAAGGCAUUGGCAUAUAAAUGCACGUGGAAUCUCUGAGCCUGUGGGGUUCUUCUUGUAGAACAAAUAUUACAAAUAUUUUUACGGACAGUGAUUCUAUAUUAUUUCAAAAUGGAUGUCAUUUUUAUACCUACAUAUAUUUAGCGUGUAAGUAAAACGUAUGAUCACAGAACAAGAUACUUCUGAAAUUCAAAAGGCUAAUUUUUAUGUUUAUAUGGUGAUAAUCCAUGACAAUGAAUAAAUGGCUAUAAAUUGACAAAAAAUGCUGAAUUGACAAAGAAAAUCUACAAACAAAAUUGUACUUACAGUUAUAUCACUUGCAAAUUUUUGUGACCCUUUUUUGAAAAAAAAGAGCUUUGAACAGUCUUUGUGUUUUAAAAAUGGUAUUUUCUAAUUGAGAUUUUCCAUUUUCCUUUCAUGUGUUAUUUUCUUGGUUGUUUUUUUGAUAAGACUGACAGCAUUGCUGCUGCAGUUACUUUAAAUAUCAUUUAGGCUUUUUAUAUUCUUAAACCAAAUGGAAAUGACCACUGAUUUUGAAGCACAUCCUCAUCAUGUUCCUUUCAAAAAGCUUCACAUAGAGAGGAUUAAAUCGUGGAUGGUUUAUGUUUUUAAGGGUUAUUUAUGCUGAUCUGGUUUGCAUUGAUAUAACUCAGAUUUUCAACAAUAUUUGGAUUCAGGAUUGUUUACAAUUAUUUUAUUGUAUCAUAACAUUUAACAUGACAUGUUAAUCCAAAUAUUGAAUUGGAAAAUGUAUGCAGAUGUGUGCCCAUUGUCCACCAAAAUAAGGCAAAUUUCUGUUGGCAUUUAGUUUUGGGGAAAAUACAUAUAGACAAGAUACAUAAAACUAUUCUGGGAAAUAUUUAUCUUUUUCUAGUUGUAUGAUACAAAAACUAUGAUUAUUGUUUAAAUACGCAAAUUCUGCAAAACCUAACAAGUUUGCUUUUUAUUAAAUUGAAUUUCACAUGUUUGAUGCAACAGGUGUGUUUUGAGAACACUUAAUCUCAGCUUCAUUGUUAGGAUUAUUUUACAUUUUCAGUUACUAAGCAACAGCAUAUCAGACUGUAAUGAUGUUUUCUCAAAUUGAAUCUCAAGACUAUGGCAUGCAUGUUAGAUAAAAGUUUGUAUCUUUAACUUCUUUUCUCACUUGGCUGUCUGUCUGCACACAUUGGGCAAAUAUUUAAACUAAACUCUUUGAACAGAAGUUCUCACUCAUCUCAGCUUUCUGAAGACAGAAAUUUUGCAUUAUUGUUAAAGAUGCUGCGCAGGCAGUUGUACAUGAUAAGAAACAAUGCACAUUUUUGUUUUAUGAAUUUCAUGAAGACUUUGUUGUAAAAUUAUACAUUCCACCUAUAAGUAGCAAUGCCACAUUACAGUGUAUAUGGAAAAAAGUGUUUUGCAUACUCUAGAGUUUAUUUGUUGAAUGUUCAUUUCCACAGCACAUACAGAAAAGAUAAAAGAAUAUUCUUGAGCUGUAUGGGUCUGCUGUCAUUAAUAUUUUAUUUCCUUCUUUUGGCAAAGUAUAAGAUGGAUGAUAAUUUUACUUUCAUUCAAGAGGUAAGAUACAAAAUGGGUGGAAGUUAGCAAGAUAUGUUAGGAGUGCUGAGGUUUCACGUGUUAAGAAAAAUUUGUUUUGAACCACAAAUGGAUAGUUGAACAUUGAGAUUGACUGUGGAGUAUAACUAGCUGACAGUGUUUAAUUUUUAUUGGAGAGAGGUGAUUACAAAGUGUUAUGCACUCCAUCUUAAAUAUCAGUGGAACUGGUUAAUUUCAUAUGUGUGUGUGUAUAUAUAUAAAUAGGAAAGUCUCAUUUUGUGACUAUAAUUUCCCUGCAAAGCCAUUGCCUAAAAUACAGAUUUAAGGGGGAUUUAAAACCAGAGACCUCCAGGUAGUUGCUAUGAUUACCAUAUAAAGCCCUGUCACCUGAUGUUCUUUUCAUCUGUAAUUUUAGGACGGGAGAAAAUCUGCACUGUGAGCUCUACUACUAGAAGCAAACGUCAUCUUAAAUAUGAUGAAACAGUGUACAAAGAUAAAACAAAUAAAAAAUGCAGAAUACAACCAAGUGCAAAGCACCCAUAUAAGAAAAUUUUAAUUAGGCUGAAUGAAAGGUUAUCGUAGUUUAGGUAAUGAGUACUUUGGAGGGGUCACAAAAACAAUGAGUGCAUGUAUCACUGCUGGCUUUUUUUGAGUGUUCAUGGCUAAUAAAGGUGGGAAUUCAAUAGCUGAAGAGAGGUUUAUUAAAAGUUUUGAGUUUUCUGUGUUGGCCAUGUUAUCUGAUAAACUUGAAGAAAUUGACGGCUACCAGCUAGAUGGUUUUGUAAAGUCCUGCAAGCUCUCUUGUCAUAGGAUAGACAUUUGAGGAGAAGGGACAUUCAGUACAAAAUUUUGUUUUGCAAAGUUCAGUCAACUUAAAAACAAAUUCACGAAUUUGAAUACAAGAACAUUUAACGGCCAUUUUGUUUGUCGUACAUGUAUAGGUAUGCCACUUUUGAAAUGUAUUUGCUGAAAAUUUUGUUGUGAACACUUGUGAAGGUAGAAGGAAUACCAAGCCUUUACACUCAAGGAAAAAGUAGCACUCACUGGAGCUUUUGACAUAUCUCCACAUGCCUUCUUCAGCAAUUAAAUGAUAAGAUGCCUACCAGCUGGAUGAUUUUGUUCUGUUAAAACACAAAUUAUCUAGAUGAGAGUACACUUGAGUGCUUGUAGCUGAGCAUGUCUUGCAAAUGAUAUACAAACUUAUCAAAUCCAGAAAAAACAAGUUCAGCCAUAAUUUUUCAUAUUUGGAAAAUGCAUGAACUUUGGUCGUCUGCAGUCAAACAACACAAAGUUGUAAAAGUAAGUUUUUUGUAAAGUGACAGUCUCAAAGAUUUUUGUAUCCAUAUGCUUUUAAUACUUUGGGUUUUUAUAAAAAUUGAUAAGUUGAAAUUACACAAUCAACCUUUCCUUGUUGGAACAGAUUAUUUGAUGGUUUAAUGACUUUUAAAAAAAAGUAUGAAUGAUGUAUGCUUACGGCAGAUGAUGGGUUAGAGAUUAAUGUAUUCAGAAAGGACAAAAUACAGAGAAUAUCUUUCAAAGUUUUAUUUUUUAAUUUACCUAUGAAAUCCACAUGUACAAAAUCUUGAUCUCAGAGGAAUAAAGAAUAUUAAUUU